AUGGGGAAGAAGCAAGGUCUCUCUGAUAGUGUGUUCGUGGAAAUUUAUAGGAAGAUUGUCCUUGCUAUCAUCCUCCACGCACAUGAGGUCUGGGGUAAAGUGAUCGCGAGUAAAAGUGUUAGAGAUGAUAUUGACCUCGUCGGCUCGGGCUUCUUGAGGAAAGCUCUCAGAAGUUUGCAUGACCGUAACGAGACGCUGUAUUUCAAACUCCUCGUGGAUCAUGUCGCUGAGAUGAUGCCCAUUGUCUACACCCCUGUGGUUGGUAAGGCCUGCCAAAUGUUCGGUCAUAUCUUCCGUAAUGCUCGUGGUCUUUAUUUCAACCUCUCAGAGAAAGGCAACUUCAAGGAGAUGGUUUGGAACAGCAACGUCCGCGAUGCCGAUAUCAUCGUGGUUACUGAUGGUUCUCGUAUUCUGGGUCUUGGGGACCUUGGUACCAACGGUAUGGGCAUUCCCAUUGGUAAACUCUCGUUGUAUGUCGCAUGUGCUGGUAUCCACCCUGGCCGCACUGUGCCGGUUACCCUCGAUGUUGGCACCAACAACCCGGAUCUGCUCGAGGAUGACAUGUACCUUGGUGAGCGUCGUAAGAGAAUCGAUGGGGACGAGUACUAUGCUGUAGUUGAUGAGUUUGUUGAUGCCGUUCGUUCUCGUUGGCCCGGUGUCCUCAUCCAGUUCGAGGACUUCACUAACGAUCAUGCCUUCCCCCUCUUGAAACGGUACCAGGAGAACAUCCUGUGCUUCAACGAUGAUAUUCAGGGAACUGGCUCGGUUGCUCUGGCUGGCCUCGUCAGUGCGAUGAGGGUCAAGAGAGAGAAGCUCGAGAAUCAGAGGAUCGUCUUCCUCGGUGCUGGUGCUGCUGCUGUGGGAAUUGCUGAUUGUAUUGUUGCUGCUAUGGUUCACGAUGGUCUCACCCCUGAGGAUGCCAGAAAGCGUUUCUGGUUUGUUGAUUCCAAGGGUUUGGUCACAUGGAAGCGUGGUGGCAGCAUGCAAGAUCAUAAGGUUCCCUACUGUCAUGAUGACGAGGAACCAAUGGAAAGCCUUCUUGAAGUUGUCAAAGCCAUCAAGCCUACUGUAUUGCUCGGCCUUAGUGGUCAACCGGGCUCGUUCACUGAAGACAUUAUCAAGGCCAUGUAUGCGAACUGUCCCCAGCCUGUCAUCUUCGCUCUGUCAAACCCCACUCCCAAAGCCGAGGCCACACCCGAGCAGCUCUAUACGUGGACUGAGGGGAAUGCUUGGGUUUGCACUGGGUCUCCCUUUGGACCGGUCACGCACAAUGGUAAAGUGUAUCAGGCUGGCCAAGGGAACAACAUGUACAUCUUCCCCGGUGUCGGUCUGGCCGGUAUUGUUGGCAAGUUCAAGUGGAUUCCCGACUCUAUGUUCUACACUGCUGCUAAGACUCUCGCUGAGAGGGUCAAGGAAGAGGAUAUUGCUCGUGGCACUUUGUACCCCUGUCUCACUCGUAUUCGCGAACUCUCGCACGACAUUGCAGUGGCGUGUAUCAAGGAAGCUUUUGAUCUCGGCAUUGCUUGCAUUGAGCGUCCGGCCGAUCUUGGCAAGUUGGUGUGGGACCAUAUGUGGAAGCCCGAAUACGCCCAUACCGAGCUCGACCCGACGGUAUUCGCCUUCUCUGGUCAAGGCUCAGGUAGCUGUCAGAGUAGGAAUAGGCUGAAUGUUGGUACUACACAGAGCAAGGCUUUCUCCUUCACUGAUAUGGAGCGUAUUAACCCCAGUCAGUUCAUGUAG